AACCCCCAUCAGAAGGCGUGGCUCUUCGUGACUGUCGGUUGUUUGUAGGGAAGCGGACAGACUUGAUCCGCGCCGCUAUCCGCAUUCUCCCCGGUCUAGGUUUAACAGCAACGUGAGCCAUGUCUUUCUUCUUUAAAGGAGUGGUUACAAGUUCUCCGGUUAAGACCAGAAAGCAGGAGGCUGAAUAUAUUUGUCACAGUCUUGAUGUCUCCCACAUCUGUGACUCCUCCUUCGAGUGUUUCUCCACCAAUCCGCUGACAGGCUCUGUGUGCGUGUGCCGUCGAAGUCCCCGCCUACUAGCCAAUGGUUAUUAUGUUCUGACAGAGGACAGUUUUACAACAGAUGACGAGGGUAAUGUCACCCUGACUCCCUCACACACCAGCGUCUCAUACAAAGAGAAUCUUGUCCGCAUAUUCAGACGAAAGCGUGGGGCAAGAAAGUCACUGGCAAGUCUUCUAAGUGAUGUAAACCAGUCAUGCCAAUCCUGGCUGGAAGGAAGUGUAUUUAGAAGACCUGAUCCCAUUACUCCCCUCCUGUCAUCAUCAUGGGAUGAGCUGGAUAACAGCUAUGAGACAAACACACCCCUCAGCUUCACCUAUGACCCUGUUUCCUCCCCUGAUAAAAUGCCUCCUCAGACUCAGCUAGAAGAGGAGGAGCCUCCACGUGAGUCAUGCUCCGCCCAUGAACAAUCCAGCCAAUCAGUAAGUGGCCUCCUGGAUGUUCCUCCCCCAUCCAUGUGUCACCUCAAUAGUUAUAGCUCAUCCAGCAAGACAUCAGAAACUGUGCUCUUGAAAGUCCUUCUCCUCACCCUAACUUUGUGCCUCUGCAUUGCCAUCUCCUCCGGGUGGCUGCUGGGAGGUGUUUCUGCAGCAGUGGCGUUCAUGGUUCUGCUUUCAUCUAUAUGUAUGUCUAAACCUGGAACUGCAGUGCGCUGGAGAAGAGCAAAGACUGAGGACAUCACCUCCAGAAACGAGUGAGGAGGAAGCACACACACAGAAACACAUCUGUGUGAAGUCUGUCCUGAGGAGAAGUGAGUGUGUGGACACGCAUUCUGUAUCAGCGAUAAAAAUAAGUUAUAGAUGAGUUUUUGUAGUGGUGUUUGCACUGAUCAGCUAGAGAGUUCUGAAUAUAAUAAUUACUGAAGAGUGAAAGAACCAGUGAUGGCAGAUGACUGUCACAGGAAAUGUUACAUGCUAAGAUUAGCAUGCAUUUUGGACAUUUCAAGGAAAAAUGAUAAUUCUGUAAAUGUUUAAGAAUUUGAUCAGUUUUCCUAAAUGAAAGACUGGAUUGCAUUAUGAGGGAGUCUUCGAGUCAGUGGAGAUGCCCUGCAUGACAAAGCAUAGAAGUGUAAUGUGUCAGUGGGUUUUAUAAAUGCAUCGGCUUGGCUUGGCAUUAAGUGUUAUUGCCCAGCUUGUCUAUCAGAUUAUCAGAUUCUAAAAAAUAUUUACUGCAAAACCUAGUUUAAUAUAAUAUUAUAAUGACUUUGCAAGAAAUUGUAGCAAAAGAAGUGCCAAUUUAUCUUUGCACAGAUGCCUCAUAUUUGUCAAGUGCCUUUGUUAUAUGAAACAGGACAAGUGUUAUUACCAUUUUCCA